AUGCCUAAACGGUGUGUGUUUGGUUGUGCGCCUAGUGAUGCCAGCCUUCAUUCAUUUCCAAACCCUAAAAGAUUCCAUCAGCAAUUGAAUGCUUGGGUUGAUCUUACUGGUGAUUUUGGAUUGACUUAUGAAGAGAUUUACAAAAAAAAAAAGUUUGAUGUUCAUUUCACAGACAGAGAUCAUAAUCAUAAUAACAGAUUAAAUGCUUUAGCCAUUUCAUCUCUUCAUUUGAAUGGCUUUCAUGGAAAACUUUCUUACCCUAGUGCAACGGUCAGUCAGGAAAUGGAACUGAACACCCAAUUAGAUGCAGCUUCGGAAAGUACGGCGCCGUCCAAAUUGACAGUAAAUAGGUAUAGGAUUCACCAAAAACAAAUUUGUAACUUAAGAAGAGAAAUCUACAGGCUGCGAAAAAGUGGUCAUUCGUUUAAGGCGAAAAACAAAAAAGCCAAACAACUGGAUGCCAACACUACUUUUCAAAAAGUAGUUAAAGGGCUGAGGAAUAACCUUCUUACCAAAGACUUGGUUUAUAUUGACCCCGAAGACCAAAAACAGAAACUCAUUAAAUGGGAAUACAUUGAACUACUGUAUGCUGCCGAUAAAUCAUUUGGAGAACUCCGAUGCCUGCAGAAAUUAACGGAGGAACAUGUUGGAAGAGCAAAAAUUUAA